AUGGAUGUUGCCCACUUUUGCUUUCUAUGUUCUUUAUUUGUAUGCAAUUACGCUGCUUCGCCGCCCAACUUCGUGCUCAUUUUCGCCGAUGAUUUGGGUUUUGGCGACCUGGGGUGUUACGGACAUCCUAGCUCUUUGACCCCCAACCUGGACCGACUGGCGGCGAGGGGGCUCCGCUUUACGGACUUCUACAGCACCAGUCCUGUCUGUAGCCCGUCCAGGGCAUCACUAUUGACAGGCCGCUACCAGACCCGCUCAGGGAUGUACCCCGGGGUCCUGUAUCCUGGCUCAAUCGGUGGUCUUCCAUUGAACGAGACCACCAUCGCCGAGGUGCUGAAACCUCUUGGCUACGCCACAGCCGUGGUAGGGAAAUGGCACCUGGGCGUGGGGGCCAAUGGAAGGUUCCUUCCGACCAGGCAGGGUUUUGACGAGUACCUGGGGAUUCCAUACUCCCACGACAUGGGUCCAUGUCACAACCUGUCAUGCUUUCCGCCGGAUGUCAAGUGCUUCGGAUUGUGCGACGUCGACUCGGUGGCGGUCCCGCUGAUGCACAACGAGGUCAUCAAGCAACAGCCCGUUAACUUCCUGGAUCUGGAACGGGCUUACAGUGACUUCUCCACCGCUUUCAUCGCCGCAGCGGCCGAAAAGAACCAACCUUUCUUCCUCUACUACCCUUCCCAUCACACCCACUGCCCCCAGUAUGCAGGCCCGGGGGCUGCUGGGAAGACUUCAAGGGGUCCAUUUGGAGACGCUCUGCUGGAGUUUGACAACACUGUGGGAAACCUGCUGGCUACAUUGGAGAAGACCGGCGUGAUCAACAACACCCUGGUCUUCUUCACGUCGGACAACGGGCCUGCAUUAUUUCGCAUGGCCCGCGGAGGUAGCGCGGGGACUCUGAGAUGCGGCAAAGGCACCACGUAUGAGGGCGGCAUGAGAGAGCCAGCCAUCGCCUAUUGGCCCGGCAUGAUCACGCCAGGUGUGACCCAGGAGCUGGCCAGCACUCUGGACAUCCUGCCCACCAUCGCUGGGCUCGCUGGAGCUAGAGCGCCCCCUGUGGUGCUCGAUGGUGUCGACAUGGCCGACAUCCUUUUCAACCACGGAAAGAGCAAAAGGGAGAGCAUGAUGUUCUACCCCACUGAUCCUAGUGAAGAAUGUGGCCUGUUUGCUCUUCGCCUGGGGAAGUACAAGGCUCACUUCUACACACAAGGCUCCAUCCACAGCACCACCACCCCAGACAAAGAGUGUUCAACAUUCGUCUUGCGGAAGCAUCACGACCCCCCGCUUAUCUUCCAUUUGGACGCCGACCCGUCUGAGCGGUACCCUCUCCCGCUGGACGGCCAGCCGGACAUGCAGGAGCUGCUGGAGAGGAUGAAGAGAGUCAAGGAAGAGUUUGAAGGCUCCAUGUCGUUUGGGGAGAGUCAGACCUCCAAGGGAAGUGACCCCCAGCUGGAGCCUUGUUGUAAUCCACAGUGCAGUCCCAAACCCAGCUGCUGCCACUGCUGACAUCAAUGCAGGUAGGAUCUCUUUGCUCACACAGUAACUUGCAGAAAG